UUUCUUUUUCUCCGCAACUCUGCAAAACCAUUUUGCCUCCAUUGUAUUCAGUCCUUCAGCUAAAACCCGUACAGGAAUUCUUCGAAAUGGGGAAGAGCAAGAAGGAAUUGCUGGCGUCAGCGCCAUGGAGGGUUGACCCGGAUGAGUCCGAAGCCCAGAAAUUCAAGGACGCUAAGCUUAAAGUAACCAAUCAGCCGGGUUCAACUCCCACCAUGCACGUCCCAGGGAAGAAGAAGUCUGGCAAGAACGGCGCCUACGUUGAUGAAGAGGAUGAUUCUCUGUUUGAGAUUGACCCGGAGUUCCGUUACAGCUUCCAGCGUAAUUUCCAGUUUCUUCAGCGUGUCUUUAGCUUGGACACCGUUGUUAAACCACUUCCACCUGCAAUGGCAUACAAUGUUUCGCGGAACUUGAAUUUCUUCACGAGAAUUUUUACGCAAUUUUUUGAUCCUGAAGGUAUUGCUGAUGCCCAGAAAUCGCUUGGAUUAGGACAAGAAGAGAAAGUCCGAAAAGUUCGAUGAUUUCAGAGCAGAUUUAAGUUUAACUUCCAUUUUUAUGUAAAAUGAAUGUCUUUGGUACAUUUUGGAAUUCAUAAUUACUUGUACUGAACCUUGUGUAAUUCUGAAUGAGCUUAUAACAGUUGGCGAGGAAGUUUUGAACAGUAUCAGCAUUGGUUUGUUUAAACAAAACGUUGAUUAUGAGAUUCAUACAACUUGCUCCAGAUGGUAUAAGUAUCCACCACGGAAAGGGAUGAGAGAAUGAGGCCUUUCAAUUUCAUAUGCGUAGCUCUUUUAACCUGAAGAAGACAUGGGACUAAAAUUUCAUUUACAAAUCAUUGACCGAGUCUUGAUUACGAACCAAAUUAUGUACAUUCAAUCCCACCAAUUUGUUUCUUUCAAAAAAAAUAAAGAUUUAUACACUUGGCUUACAAAAUUAGGCUUACUGUGGAAAUGUAGUGUAAAAGAGAAAAGGGGGUAUCCCCUACUUAGGAGAACCUCCCCUCCAAUAACCACAAUUACUGAUUCCACAUUCUGAAAGGAACUUUGCAUAAUCACUUUCAAGCAUGGUGUAAUUAUGAGACAAGUCGUCUUGUUUGAUCUCCUCUUCAUCAUCUGCUGAAUGCUGCAAGAAGUUUCCAAAAUUUCUUGUUAGGUCAAAAUCCUAGGAAUAAUCAAACAAAAGGAAAUCAGUUGAAACACAAGUGAACCAAUUGAUGGAUGCAUAAAGUGCAUAUUCUGUUGUUUGAUAAUCUGAAAAAGAGAAAGCACCUCAAUGAAAAAGCCUAAACAUGUGAACUUCUUUGCGCAAGUACGAAAAGAAAACAAGGGACAGCCGGACAGAUAUGCCAUUGUUCUAGGAAAGUUCAUCAAAUGAAAACCAUGAACUUGAUCAUUUGAAGAGUCAGAAAUGUUUUGAAACGAGAAGUACCAAGAAAUAGUUGAGUGAAUUGAAAUUGAAAAAAGAUGGUUUGGCUUCCAUAACUUCUGUUAGAAAACUUACAUCAUGAUCAGUUGAUAAGUCAGUAUCCAGUGCAUUAGCAUCUGGAUCCCUCAAUUCUUGUAGAGCAGAUCUCCAUCUUGUCCUUUUACACCGAGGGUGAGGAUCAUCUGACUCGCUAACAUUAUGUUUAAAUUCUUCAGCAACUCUAUUGUGUAAGGCUCCCAUUACGAAUCUGAUGCAAAAGGCUAUCAGGGGAACCAGAAGUAGAAAAUAACCAGUGGUUUUAGCCUGAGUAAUAACAUGGACAGAUCCCAUUGAGCUUUUCACUAAAAAAGUGUGGUAUAACAUUACACAUUGAUCAGAUUGAACAAGUCCAAAAACAUCCACCAAAUGUAGGCCUUACAUGCGAUGAAUGAGGAAAGGAUGACAGGACAGUAAACGUCUUCUCUUUCAUGCAUCGACUGCAUAAUCCUAAACUUCGAACUUUUCCAGAUUCAGAUGACACUGUUGCCUUGCCCUUUUCCUGCAAAGAAAUUAAUACCAUAUUCAUUUAGCACUAGAUGGUCUUGUUCCUAUAUCAACAUACCAGCUUAUUCAGACUUUGAUUAUAUAUGCUCUUCACUAGAACUGUUUGUUCCUAUAUCAGUAUACACAUAAUUUAAUUAAGUUAGAAGUUCAUAUCUGAAAGCACGUUGUGUUGUAAACUUUGAUUAUGCACCAGAAAUCACAAUUUUCUCCAACCUUCUAACCAUUCUAGCGCUAGAAGGCCAAUUUUUGAACUGUCUAAUUCGAAAGGGUAAACCUAACAUGCAUGAUUGCGAAUGCCUAUCUUUAUUACUUGCAAAAAAAGAAACAAAUUUUAACCAAUUCAUUCUUCAAAGAUUACUUCCCACAAUGAAAUUCUCAGUAAGGAUUUAUACUCAAUGCCAGAGGCUAAUUCGAAAUCUCUCAAAAGGGAAAAAAAAGCAGACAAGUAUAGAUCAAAUUUCGCGUUGCCAAAAUUCAGGACCAUAUUAUACAUACCAUCUUCAUAGAUGUAGGAAUAACACUAAGCAGUUGGCCUUCAAAAACUAAGUCAGCAACAACUCUGUCCUUAUUGGCAGCAGCAGCCGCAGCAAUAUCAUACAUCGUAAAACUUUCACCUCUGCAGAAUUCAAAAUUAACAAUCAACCCAGAAAAAAAAUUCAUUUGAAAUCACAAAAUAUAGAAUUGCAAACAAUCAAAGAUUACUCUGCUUCCUUACUCUUUAACCUCAUGAACCAAGUUCUGUGAGUGUUGACCAUUUGGACUCUUACAUUUCCAUCUCUAUAUAUAAACAAAGAAAAGCACAAACCCAGUAUUCAUCUCAGUUCAUUAUACGGCAAAACUGAUACAUCUCUGUGUUUUAUGAUCAUCAUCAUCAUCAUCAUAAGGUGAGAAAGAUAAGAACUAACGUAGGACCUUACCAGAGGAUGAAAAAGGAAGUGAUUGUUAGUAAAAAGGGGUUUAAUCUUUAACAGAGAAUAACCAAUCGAGUUGCCUGGAUGAGAUAAUUGCAUCAAUUUGACAUCCAUGGACCAUUAUCGGUUUGUAUUUCAUGCAGAACUUUUUCAGAAAAAAGUUGUAUGAACUAUAUGAAUGAACUUUGAAGCAGAGGAUCAAAGGUUAUGAUUUAUGAAUGUAGUGUGACACAAUUUUGUUUGGACUUUGGAUGAUGAAAAGAUUUUUCUGAGUUUGCCAUAGGCAGCCCAUAUUUUUGUGGGCCAU